UAUCUUCAGUGCCAAUCUCACGGCAGCGCCACCAGCCGUUGAUAAAAACCUUCUUCUUGCUCCGGAAUCUCGAAUAGACCCGGCUUCCAAAGGACCAGCGCUGAUCUCAGUGAGACCAGAACAUCGCGACUUUUCCGUUGUGCUCGUGUGCGUGUUCGGAAUUCUGAUGGCGUUGGCUUCGAUUAUGAUAGUAAUUGGAUUCACGUACAAGCGCAUUCAAGUGGAUCGUGAACGUCGUCGUCGACAACGUGGUGCACCUGCAGACUUUCCUGUCCCACACAAUGAUCCCGUGGUACCGUCAUGGCCAAGCGGCGACGAGCAUAACUCUCAACAAGCAACAGCAAUGCCUGUAAGUGUUUGAAG